AUGUCCACAAUAUAGUGUCGUUCCGGCCAUGGCAAGCUGCGAUGAUCCUCAGGCGCCAUCCGCGAAAAGUACAGAGAAGAUACCGGAGCAGGAGGCAACGGAAGGUGCGGCGGACGCUCAGCUUCACGAACAGGAUAGAGACGGAUUCUCUGACAUCAGUGACUCAGAGCUGUUGGCGGUACCGGAGGAAGCUAUGAUUGGCAGCGGAGGUUAUGACCCAUUUGCAGAGAAGAUGGUGCAGCCAAAAGAAGUAGCUGAUGCCCAGGUUAAAAUUGAUGAUAGUCCAGGUACCUCAUCAGAGGUACACCAGAAGGAGAAAAGAGGAAUCACACAGUCUUUCAUAGACAUUACACAAAGAAAGAGGAAGCAGUUACCCCAAACUCCCCUGGAGAAGUACCACAUGAAGUAUUUGUGGGUGACUAACCUUUGCUCCCAGACAUGGUGUGAACAGCAGAUGGUGUAUGAGUUUGAGCUUCCGGCGUUCCUGCAGCCAGAGAAAAGUGCAGUAAUGAAUGCAGGAUCAAGUAUACACUUAGCCAGAGAGCUGGAGGUUCAUGAUGUUGUGUCAGUGACGACUCAGACACGAGAAGAUUCAUGGGCAGUAAAGUUUCUUAACAUCUUAUCGAUGAUCCCAGUUUUGCAAUCAGGUGGUCUUAUAAGAGAGUUUCCAGUUUUUGGAGAGCAAGAUGGUGUAUUUUUGGUGGGAGUUAUAGAUGAGCUGGGAUAUUCGCCCAAAGGAGAGCUGGAACUGAGAGAACUGAAAACACGAGGAAGCCCAACAUUGCCAAAAGCCGCCCAGAAGAGAAGCCAUGAGUUCCAGGUGUCCUUGUACAAGCUGCUCUUUGAUGGCAUGGUGAGCGGAGGACUACAACCAGAUCUGUUUAUUCAACACUUGCAUUUGAUGCCGGGUCAAGAAUUAGGAGUCCAGGUGAAAGAGCAUGCCAACAGAGUUGGCAUUACUGUGUCUACCUUCAUGGAACUUGCAGAGCUCACUUGCUUAAACCUUCAAUUUUCUGACCUGCCCAUGAUUGACAGUUUGAAAGUUGAGUAUUGCUAUCAGGAGAACGGAGCCAUGUUGGGAUGUGAAGUAUUACAUUUUAACAGAGAAACAGUUCUGGAACGCUUGAAGUAUUACAUGGAAUUCUGGAAGGGACUAAGGGAAACUCAGGGAGUGGACAUCGAAGAAGCCUGGAAGUGCAGAAUGUGUAGCUUUGCCAACAUCUGUGAAUGGAGGACAAGUAAAUCAACUGUGAAAAAGAGACCUAGAUGAAGUCAAAACCUUAUACUAAGAGCAGACACCAUCAUUCAACUGCUUUCUCAUCUGGUGCUCUUUUGUAUGGCUUUUUCACUUUUUUUUUUUUAAAACUAUUUCAUGUUGACACAAUAUUACCUAUUGUAACAUGUCAUCCAUUUUAUAAGCAUUAUUUCAAACACAAACUUUGCUGUUGCCCCUGGUUGAUGCUUGGUUACCUUUCAUAGGGUAGGGCAGGUAUCCCAUUUACUGUUUCUAUGAAAGUACUUGCUUCAAUUACAAACUGAACGUUUAAUGCGUACCUUUUCAAUUGGAUUAUUCAUG